AUGUCCACUUUCCACCCAUUCCCUCGACUACCACUGGAGCUUCAGAGGCAGAUAUGGAGGUGCACUGCUGAGCCGCGCACCGUCGAGGUUCGCAUCGAAUCCAGGGCGGCUACUAAGAAUCGCUUAUUGAUAUCGUCCACACCGGUGCCUGGACCGCUACAGUGCUGCAGAGUGGCCCGAGAUGAGUUACAGAGGUUGUAUCAACGAGCUUUCUUCGAUAUUGGCACUCAACAGGAGACGAAGCCGCGUACGUACACGUACUGGUACGGCUUCGGGUUCGAGAAAUCAUCCACUAGUCCUUCGCGUCCUCCCCACCUGAGCAGUCCCGAAUCCCGCGUGAAUCGCCAUCAUCGAAGCAAUUCUGAACCCACCGCCAUCGAUACACGUCCGUUCGAUCCGCCCAAGGAACGCAGGCCAUCUGGUGUGUGCCUCAUCGACAAACUCGAUGUAACUGGCAUCUACGAACCUAGUAUCGAGCGGCGAUAUGUCUGGUUGAACUUUGACAUCGACAUGGUGGACAUUGGGACUUCCUGGUUGGCCUAUUUCCAGCCUAUCGCAUCAAACAUCAAGCGACUCAAGUUUGAGCGCGAGAACACAGAUGAGUAUUGGUACCAUUCUGAGAAAAAGAAACUCAAAGACUUCGAGAACGUAGAGGAAAUCCAUGUGGUCUGUGCGGAUGGGUUUUUUAAUUGGGGUGGUGCUACGGAUGAGCAUUCUUGGCCUUGUGCCGAUGACAAUAUAGUCUUCUUCGAUCCGUACAAUGGUCAAGUGGCGAGGGGUAUGGAAUUCGAGAGGAUAUGUAGACAGAUGUUAUUGGACAUGCGACGUGAACGCACUGGCGUAGCCUAUCACACCAGCGAUGAAGAGUCUGACAGUUGA